AUGGAGAAGCUCUCCCUCAUCACUGCAGUUUGUCCUCAGAGGAACAUGGAGAAGCUCUCCCUCAUCACUGCAGUUUGUCCUCAGAGGAACAUACAGAAGCUCUCCCUCAUCACUGCAUUUGUCCUCAAGAACAUGGAGAAGCUCUCCCUCAUCACUGCAGUUUGUCCUCAAGAACAUACAGAAGCUCUCCCUCAUCACUGCAGUUUGUCUCAGAGGAACAUACAGAAACUCUCCCUCAUCACUGCAGUUUGUCCUGAGGAACAUACAGAAGCUCUCCCUCAUCACUGCAGUUUGUCUCAGAGGAACAUGGAGAAGCUCUCCCUCAUCACUGCAGUUUGUCCUCAGAGGAACAUAGAGAAGCUCUCCCUCAUCACUGCAGUUUGGACAGAUUAG